AUGAGUAGAGACAACUGGGAAAGGUUGGUUGUAGCCGUUUUACGGAAAGAAGAGCUUCGGGAAAUUGCCCUUGCCCCCUCGGUGGACCCGAGUGAUGUCAGUUCAAGGUUAAGUUUUAGUUCUAUUUAUUCGGAUGUCAAUCCCAGGUUGAGUUUCAGUCUUCCUCACGAGCAUGUGCCCGUCUGGCACCCUCAAGGAGACAAUAUGUUGAUCACAAAAUCACUAGACUAUGUUUGCUGUGAGCACGACUAUGAGUUGAAAAUGUAUAAAAAGUUAUUCAACUGCGACGGCUGCAAGAUGAAAGGGUUCGGAGAAAGGUACACGUGCAAUCCUUGUGGUCGCGAACUACACAAAGAGUGUAGGCACCCCCAGCCUGAAGUUUCCCACGAGAAUUUAGCUGGUUCCGUCUUCAUAUUUCGCAAUGAACCAUUCGCUAGACCGAAUAAAAAGAAUGGCAAAGAGUUUUCGAAGUGCUGCCAUGCAUGUGGAAAGGACAUUUGCGGUUUUAACUACCACUGUGAAGCAGACAACAAGGAUUUACACCCACCUUGUGUAAACCUUAAAAUGAAACUAGAGAUUGAUGGUACGAUAUUUGAUCUUAAGACAAAGGUUUCAUCAAAGUGCUGUAAGUGUGGAAAGCAGAAGAUUUCUCGAGAUGAGAAAAAUGUUUUGGGAUGGUCUUAUGUUUCUCCGUGCAAAAAGUAUCAUUUUCAUGUGUAUUGUAUAACUGAAAUGGUACAAGAGGCGUACAUGAAGUAUGGGGAUUUGGCAUUGGAGAAUAUGGUUUCAAGAGAAUUAGUUAGAAAUAAUAGAUACAGAAGGGGUGGAACUACAAUCAAAUUGUUUUUCAAGAUUCUAUUGUCUGCUCUUCUGGGUGAUCCAACGAUGCAGAUUUCCGAUGUCCUGGUGGAGCCCUGGCAACGCAUGUGA